AUGUCCGCUCAUUCAACAAUUACUAUUUCUGACGAUUUUUGGUUCGAAGACGGAAACAUUGUGCUCAUUGCGGCCAGCGUCGCUUUCAAAGUCCAUCGAGGCCAGCUUUCACGCCAUUCAGAGAUCUUUCAAGGCUUGUUCGAAUUACCCCAACCGUCUGCGGGAGUCGACGACAUUUACUGCGGUACACCUUUUGUCGAGCUGCACGACUUGUCACAGGAUGUUGCUUAUUUCCUUGGCGCGCUCUAUGACGGACUAUACUUCAUUAAAACCUCCUCUGAAGACUUUGCCUGCCUUUCUGCUGUGCUUCGCUUGUCAAUAAAAUACCUUGUUGAGCAUUUGCGUGUGCAAUGCAUGGCGCGGUUGACACGCGACUGGCCUACGACCCUCGCUGGAUGGGACCAUCGAGAACAACAAGCUACCGAUGAUAACGGGCGAUAUCUACCUCGGGAGCGUACCUGUCACCCCAUCCACAUCAUCCACCUUUCCAUCGAGCUUGGAAUCACCGAUUUUCUACCUGCUGCAUUCUAUGAUCUCUGUCGUUACGGUCCGAGCAAGAUUGUCGCCGGCAGUCCUUCUUUAACUGAUCCUUCCUCGACAAUAACUCUUUCAACAGACCUUCUCCGACGCACUCUUCGAGGACGCGAAAUCGGACAACAGUUUACGGCGUGUUUCGUCUUGGAGGAGAUACAAGGACGCGCGCCCUCCGCCGAUUGCCUAAACCCGGAUUUAUGCAUCGAGGCUUUCUAUUACAUUACGCUCAACUUGUUGAGAGCUGUAGGCGGGAUUGCUUGUGGACGCGACGCCGAUCCGCUUUUCACACUGGCACAGGGCAUGGGUAUGCCAGAUCGGAACGAUUUUUCAGACGGGCAGAAGCAGUGUGGGUUGAGAAUGUGCAGAACAUGUAAAGCGGAGUUCAUCGAUGUCUGUGCAAAGGCAAGGGAGGAGGUUUGGGGAUUGCUGGGGACUUGGUUUGGAUUGGAAGAAUGA